AUGUUGCGUGAUCGCUAUUGGGGAUUGAAAUAUACAUCUGAAUCAUUUAUGAACGUUUUGGACGAUGUCAAGUAUGAUGAUUAUAGGAAACCGGUUAUUGAUUAUUUCGAUAUCAUUGACAAUAUCACUACAGCUAUGAAAUGGUGUGGUUGUUAUCACGGGGAUACGGAUAUUUUGGCCCAUCUUAGACCCGGUGUCACUGAAUCGAUUAAAGGAAAUUGUUCAGAAUUUGAUGAAAUAAACGACUUAGUUGAAUUUAAGAAAUGGAUCGAAAGAAAAGUCAAGUCUAAACGUAAUGCUGCGAUUGUUUCGAAGUCGCUUUCCAAGUCAAUCUUUGUGACUUCCAACAAGCAAGGUUAUUCCAGCAUUUCGAAAAACAAGAAAAGACAAGAGCCGCCGAAUAAUAACCGUUCGCAUGGAUCUGAUCAUCAGAAGAAGGAUCAAUCUAACAAAGGCAAGAAGAAUGAGAGGAAGGAGAAUAUGAAUAAUGUCAAAUUGAGCGAUGAAUCUAAUAAAUAUCUCCGAGUUACAAGUCAUAGGGAAUGGCUACAUGAUUACAUGCCUUUCCGCAAGGACGAUAAAGUUUUCUCUGUUGGUUAUGACGAUAGUCAAAAGAAAUUGGAAGGUUCCGGUAGGAUAAUCUUUAAUUACAUGGGAAAUGUUCUUACACUCUACCUACACUAUUAUGAGGGUGCUCCUACUAUCUUUUCAGAAGACGAUAUCAACCGUUGCCCUGAAUGCCGAAUUCAGACCUACUUUCACGAUUUUGGUACCAAAUCUCAGACUUAUUCAAAGGUUCUCAAUGUUGGAGAUGAAUGUAUUCAGUUAGUUCAAGUUAACAAGCUAUGGUAUAUACCAGGUGAUUUUAAUCAGUUUAUGAUUGGUGGAGGACAAUUGCAUAUAAACAACUUACAUCUUAAAUUGGCUCAUGCUAACCUUAGGCUAAUCCAAAAAAGUCUAUUAAUCAUGGGACGAUUACUGCUUCGAAGAGAAGGAAAUAAAGGAACUUGA